AGCCGCGAGCAUCGUGUGCUGGCAACCCUCACUGCCGAGAACAACUCACCCCCUUGUCUCCUUUCGUUUCGCCAUCGCCACGGUCACGUGUCCCUCGCUCAUCCCCGUUGCACGCUCGAACGGAAGUGCAGCCGACCGAGUGCACCAACCCGUCGCGUGGAUCCGUCAUGUAAUUUAGAGCUGCGAACAAUUAACGACCCGGUGUCCUUUCGUUCGAUUGUUUCGAAUUUUUUUCUUUUUUUUUUGGAGGGUUCUUUAUAUCGUUUUUUUUUUUAAGUUUGUUUAGUGUCCAUUUUGAGGAUCAGGAAUGUAAUUUACAGCUGCAGACAAUUAACAAUUCGGUCUCUUAACGGUCGAUUGUUUCGAUUCUUUUUUUGGAAAUUCCUUUUUCUUUUUAAAAGUUUAUUAUACAGAGGCGAACAAUUAACGCUUCGGUGUUUUUUUCGUAUAACUGUUUCAAAUUUCUCUCCGUCUCUUUCUUUAUUUCUAUUUGUCUUAAAACGAGAUAUGUGCAGGGGUGGUUAAUUCAGGAUGAACCGACUGGCAUGGAUUUUUGGUACGUGAUUUUGGCGCGCGUUUCGAAUGACCGGAACUUAAGGUGAUCGAUCUUCUGCUUCGUUCGCCGGUGGUUGAAUGCAAAGGGUUCAGUGAGAUGUGAGCCGAGGAUGGAACUGAAGAUCAGCAUACUGCUUCUAGCGCUUCUACGCUUAGCCAGCACCCUCGAGAGCACGAAGGAGGAGGAGGACCCCGACGAAGACGAUGAAGAGAAUUACCCGGUGGACGACUACGACUACGGUGACUACGAAACCGCGACCAUAACCAGCGAUACCGAUCUUAUCGCCGGUGGCUCGUUGCCGAUCUUCCUCGCCGAGCCGGUCGACACGUUCGUGGUGAAGGGGAAGCCAGCAACCCUUCACUGUCGAGCGGCUCAGGCUCUUCAGGUGUAUUUUCGCUGCAACGGUGACCGGGCUGAACGGUCGCAGCAGCAGGAUUUUGUCGACCCUCAGACCGGAACGAGGGUCGUCGAGGUCGAGUUGAACGUGACGAGGAACGAGGUCGAGGAGUACUUUGGUAGGGAGAGGUUCAAGUGCGAGUGCGUGGCAUGGUCGGGACCAGGUCAGAUUCGAGGGCAACCCGUCACGGUUGAGGUCGCUUACCUGAAGAAACACUUCCUGUCGCCGCCGUACUCGCUGUCCGUGGAGGCUGGACGGAACGCGGAAUUGCGAUGCACGCCACCUCUAGGGGUGCCGUCACCGAAGGUGUACUGGCUGAAGAACGGCGCACACCUCGAGACGAUCAACAGCUCGACGCCACCUUCGUCCGGUUCCGACAGCAUCCCGAACGAGGUGUCAUCCUCUGGCAGCUUCCUGCGGACCGCCGACGGACACCUGAUACUGGGGGAGGCCGAGCUGAGGCACCAAGGGAAUUACUCCUGCGUCGCUGAGAACAUCGCUGCGAGGCGGGUCAGUGAACCGGCCGUGCUGACGGUUUACGUAAACGGCGGAUGGUCUUCGUGGUCCGGAUGGUCGGAGUGCAGCACCCGUUGCGGCAGAGGUGUGCAAAAGAGGACGCGAACCUGCACUAACCCGGUGCCUAUCAAUGGAGGUCAAACCUGUCCAGGUCCAGCUACGCAGAGGGUGGAAUGCAAUCCUUCCUGUCCCGCGGUCGACGGCAGAUGGUCAAGCUGGUCCUCGUGGUCCGCAUGCGGUCCCGAUUGUUCCAAAGUAAGGAGGAGAUCCUGCAACGACCCCCCGGCGAGCAAUGGUGGUCGUCCCUGUCAAGGCAAGGACGUCAUCGUCGAGUCUUGUUCCGCGGAUCGAUGUAAUGCACUCGGACAGGACGGACCACGAGUAUUCAAGGAAGCAACCAGAGCGAUCGAUCAUAGAAAUAUACUAGCGCUCUGGAUCACCUUGAGUCUAGCUGCGAUCAUUCUCGCCUUGACGACCAUCUUCUUCGUUCGAUUGAUGCGACGGAAGGAGAGAAUGGACGCUCUGUACAGCGUCGCGAGGCUGGAUUUCCGUCAUCCGGCUGACCUCGCCAAAGCGGUAGUAUCGAAGAACGAUCGUUCAGUCGUAUCCGUGGACAGGCGUUUGGAGCAGGUGAUAGACGAAUCAAACGCAGCCAGGAUGUCUAGAUCUUGCUCGGAGCAUCACUACGACGUGCCGCAGCUCUCGUUGCCCUCGACCACCAGACCGUCGCCCAGUUCAUCCGUGGCCAGGUCUUCCUGCAGGAACUCUCAGCGAGGUAGAUGCCUGUCGGACAACGAGGAAGGCCGAUCGUCCCGCUCCACCUAUCAAGCGAAUCCAGAGAGCACCAACGAGGACGACGACGACCACGACGAAGAAGACGAGGAUAAUAAAAAGAUCGGAGAAGAUGACAGAGGUCACGAAGAUGCUGGUGGUUUUAUCGUCAGGGCGGUGGUUGACGAUCAAGGCGCCCUGCUGGUGGUUCCCGAGGUCGGAGUGUCCAUGUCCGUGCCCGAAGGAGCCAUUCCUCGUGGACGUCGACACAGUUUACACCUGGCGGUUCUCGGAGACGAUGCUCUAAGACCUGGUCUCCCACCUGGAUUAACCCUUUUGUCAGCAGUGGUGGCUUGUGGGCCGAGUGGCAUCGAUUUGGUGAAACCGGUGAUCCUCCAGUUCGAACACUGUGCCGAACUCAGAACGGGAAAUUGGGAACUGAGUCUCUGGUCCACGGAUCUCGACUUCGACACUCGUUCCAACGACUCGACCAACUCGUCCACCAGUUCCAACGUCAUUUCUGCGACGAUGUGGCGUAAAAUCCUAACGCUAGGCGGAGAGCCCAUCAAUCUUCCCGGACAACCAUUCGCGCAGCUCGAUCAUUCUGGAGUGUUCUUGGUCACCGAGACCCCUAACGUGUUCGCGGUGGCAGGAGAAAACUCUGCAGUGGCACCGGGAUUGGCGGUGAAGAGGAUCUGCCUGGCAGUUUUCUUGUCACGCGAGAGGGAUCACAUCAGGUGUCAUCUGAUGGAGGACACCAAAGCGGCGUUCAAGCUCGUCGUGGAACAGGAGCGUCGAUUAGGCGGGACCCGCAUCGAUCAUGGAACCCUAGGCUUCAGAGCAGGUGGUUCUCCGCUCCGUAUCGACCUGGAGGAUAGAGAGAGCGGAUUCGUGGAACGUCAAGAGAUACCUCAUCGUCGAAUCUGGUCGUCGACGAGAACAAGCGUAAGAAGAUACUUCAGGAUCGAAAAAACUGUAGGCGAAGUGAGACUCAGCUUUGAGUUACGAGCUUGUCAGUGCGGUUUCGAGGAGCACACCUUGUUUCUGAGAAUCGACCUGGAUCUGAUGAAGAGAAACGGAUCGAAUGGAAAGAGAGCCACUAAAACUGAAUCAUCGAUCGUUUUACGUGGCAAGAAUUCAACCAGGUCGACGGAGUCGGUCGUUUCUAGACCAUUCAGAUUUUCCAAAACUCUGAGAAAACAACUGUGCCAGUGUCUGGAUCCGCCAAGCGCACGAGGAAACGACUGGAGAAUGUUAGCACAAAGACUUCAAGUCGAUAGAUACGUGGAUUACUUCGCAACGAAAGCGAGCCCAACGGAGCAUAUCCUGGACCUCUGGGAGGCGAAACACCAAGAGGCCACGGCUCUCGCCGAUCUACUGAACCACCUGAGACUUAUGGGACGCGUGGAUGCCGCGAACGUCCUCGAAAGUCGCCUGGGUCCAUGGAUCUGAAAACUCCCAAUGCUGAUCACUGCCAUUCCAUCGUUCACACCUUUGCAUAUGUUUUGUACAUAUAAGAGAAUCGAAAUUUCUAUCAAGCCUAAGAAGGAU